CCACACUGAUUCAGUUUUUCACUUGCUAGCUAAAGCCAUAUGGUAGCUAGCUUAGAAUCCUUAUUCAAAGGUCAGCUCGGUCCAGAGAUAUUUGUGGGUGUCUUUGCUGGCAGAAUGGUUUGUGUUGAGCUGUGCACCGACAGCCGGGCUGAUGAAGUACGGCUUGGUUGUGUUGUCUGCCAGCUGUACCCCUGGUGAUCCGGAGAAUUCGGACAGAGUUGCUACCUCAGUAAGUUUCCUUACCUGGAUGUUGGAGCAUGCAUCAGUGAUGGAGUUCACCAUUGUUGUCAUGCUCACACUGACCUGCUCACUGUUACACUGCGGUCAAAAAGUCGUUAAAAGUUUAAAUUACGAGAAUAAUAUAAAAAAUGAGCUUGAACACGGUCAUUCAACAUAAGAAAGAAGCUAUAUUGCACAUAAACAGUAUUACACAGGAUGCCAUCGGCUGAUCAGCUCCAGGUAGAAACUGCUGUCUCUGCUCUGAUGCUCCUGUAUUGUUUGCCUCACAGCUGCAGUGUGAACAGAUUAUGAACGUGCUGUGACGAGUCUUUGAUAUUUACUGCUUUUCUGAGACGGCGAGAGCGGUGCGAUUCGUCGAGAGCGGGUAAAGACCACCCGAGUCUCAGUCUCAGCUGGAAAAUCACAUGGAGGCAGCAGCACAGGAUGCUCUCCAUAGAACAUGGAUAGGAGGAUGCCAGUCGCCCCCGGGGUCUGUCUGAGGGACAGAAGAUAAACACAUAUACCAGUCCGCAGUAGUAUCUGUGCUAGUUCUUUUAUUUUGAUAGUCCUUCUGUCUCGCUGGUUACCUGAUGUGUGUAUACUGUGUGAGUGUCCUUUGUCAUGUGGUACCUGUGUGGUUCCUGAAUUCAGGAUGACUUUUUUCUCCCUGCUGCUUUACCCGAGUUUUUAUGCAGUGACGUUUCAUCAUCAAAGCUGUUUCCUGAGUUCUAGUUCAGUCUGCAGAGUCAUGCAUUUUGGCUCGCAGGUGGUUUUCAUCCCUAAACCGUGUGAAAGAAAGAAAACAUUAUCCAGUACCACUUUUUACUGGGACCCCACAGGACAGGGCCCACUGUGGGUCCGAGUGUUGUUCAUGGUAAGCACUUUGUUAAUUGUGGAAAGGAGAAGGCACUUUGAUUUAACGAAGGAACGAAGGCUGUUUCAGUCUGACGGCCUAAUGAUUUAAAGCAGACGUUGAGAGAUCAGAGAUCAGAGGUCAAAGGUCAAAGGUUUCUCUUUUAUUCAGACUUGUCACGGCUGUCACAGGGUGGCAGGUAGGGCACACCUGUACAGGUCACAUUAGCUCAAAGCUAAAGUGAAGAGUUUGUGUUGGCGCCGUUUUCUGGAACCAGGUGUGUCAGGUGUUCCUCUGCCUGGUGCAUCUCACACAGCUGGAGCUCCAGCAAAAAGAAGUCAGCCUUUGCAUCCACUUACAGCACCUGCCCCGUCCCCUCCUGACUCACCUGGUCGCCAUGGUAACAUCUCUCCCUCCACGUCACAAUGAAUCCGUCAGAGCGUGUCGGAGAAACCCGAGCAGGCGUGGAGGCUCGCAGUCACCCGAUCCGAACCGCUGCUGAAUGUUUGAUGGAGGCUGUCAGCAGGCACACCUGAGCAGGUAGAAGCUUCGAGCUGCAGGUCGAAGUAGGAACACCUGAGCAGGUAGCAACUGGGUCGGGACGCUGCAAGGCUUCGGCAGGCAGGUGAUGGUUUUAGGAUGUCUGACGGCAGGCAGCGCGCUCUGUCCACCUCUGGAGAGUCUCUGUAUCACAUCGUGGGGCUGGAGAAAGGCUGCAGCCAUGACGACAUCAAGAAGUCGUACAGGAAGCUGGCGCUGCGGUACCACCCCGAUAAGAACCCGGACAACCCGGAGGCAGCGGAGAAGUUCAAGGAGCUGAACAGCGCCCACGCCGUCCUGAGUGACCUCACCAAGAGAAACAUCUACGAUUCAUAUGGCUCGCUGGGACUCUACGUGGCCCAGCAGUUUGGAGAGGACAACGUCAACACAUACUUCAUGCUGUCCACCUGGUGGGCCAAGGGUCUGUUCGUGCUCUGUGGGAUCAUCACCGGCUUUUACUGCUGUUGCUGUCUCUGCUGCUGCUGCAACUGCUGCUGCGGCAAACUGAAGCCGCCACCCACAGGAGAGGGGGCGGAGCCAGACUACGCCUCCCCCGACGACCUGGAGGAGGAGAUCCGCAACGAACCCGAAAAUGACAUCGAGGCUCCGAUAGUCCACCAGCCGACGAAUGCCAGCGAGAAAACUCAGCUGAUUGGCGAUGGCCACCGCAGGUACGGGGACACCUACACAUGAAGACGGGAAAUGCAUCACUCCGUCUACGACCGCAAGCUGUAGCCCCACCGUGAAGCGCGGCAGCAGGAAAGCUCCUCCAGUUUAAAGCUUACUCUGAGUUUCUGUUUCUAUCUUCCUCCAAGGACAGGAAACCACCAAAGUCCUCCUGUGUGCAACUGUCUCUGUGUUUUAGUGUCCUGUGAGGAGACCAUCUUCAUCACCUGCUGUUCAGUUAUUAUUGUAGCUGAAGCAAUGCUGUGAUUGGUUGUUUUUGGGAAGAAGAGGUGGAGCUUCGGAUGUCACAUGAUGAUGUAAAUAAUGUUUCAGUUUGAAGUUUGUUUCUUUUAAUUUGUUGUCAUCUGUGAACUCAAAUAAACCUGAUGACACACCUGUGGUCAAGUCACCUGGAAGCUCCGCCCCUCUCUUUUUGUCCCGAUUGUGAAUGAGUUUUUUUUUUUUGAGGUUUAAACUGUUUGGACCACCGACAUAACACCAUAUUAGCAUCACACAGACUCAAACCCCUGCUAAUCAUUAACAUUCAGAUUCCUCGAGUUUCCCUCAUCAAACACUUGCUCCGCCUUCUUGGACGCUCUGUUAGUGCAGUGACCUCACAGCAGCCGUAUUGUUGGUGAUGUCAGUAAAAAGCAAAAGGCUCCAACAGCACAAACCCGGCCCACAGGCCUGGUUCAGGUGAAACUAGCAGCUACAGCUAUUUGUGUCACCAUCCACCUGUCAGUCACACAGGCCACGCCCCUAAUAAUGCAGGUAAGUUAUACUGGUGUUAUGGAGGGUAAAGUAUCUAUAGACCACAGCAGUGUUAGCUUCAAGCUGUUGAUUUUAACACAGGAGUCUAUGGGGACAGACUCAGUGCUGCCACCACUGAGUCUGGACGUCAGAGGAACUGCAGGUUUAUAGUGCAGGUGAAUGACUAAUGAGGUGUAACUCGGUACGUCUCUGUCAGCCUCCAUAUUUCUUCUUUGUUGGUUUCAGCCUUCAUAUUUCGUGUUGCACGCUAAACAAAACCUCCUGCUCGUCACUCAGACUCGUCUGAAGACCUCCGAUCGCUCUGUCCGCACAGCUGAUCAUUAAAAACCUGCCAGCAGGGGGAGUUGUGGCCUCUUCGGCUGCUCUACAGACUGUGGUGGACUGUCCCUUUAACCAGACCUGUUGUGCUUUAUCAUCUCCCCUCAUUUGUCUCCCUCCCCCUCUCAUGCGUCCCCCCUGACCUUUAACAUAUAAGGGCAUGUCUGCACGGUAAC